AUGGAAAAAGCUUUUAAAAAGCAACCACCAAAAAAAUUUGGAGUUUCUUCACGCCGUUUUCGAAAAAUUGUUAAAGAACGCUCGGUAGAGGAUGCCAAGCUUUUACAAUCGCAAACGAUAAAAUCAUCAGCAGCGAGCAAGACCAGUGAUGUAGAAAAUUGUGAUAUCCCGUCUGCUUCAUCUAAUUUCGAUUUGCCUACCUGUAGUGAUAAUAAAUAUUUAUCAAAUGUGGGUGAUGAUGGUGAGAUUGAUUUACAUUUGGCGUCAUCAUUAAUUGCAUGCCCUAUAGAAAACGAGCCAUUAGAAAUGCAUCCCAAUGUGAGUGAUGAUUUUAUUUUAAAUUUUGAUUCUCACGGCAAUGAGAUUCUUGAUAGUGAUAAAGAAAACACGUGUAAUGAAGACCUGAGACAGACAGACAGUGAUCUCGAAGAAGACGACUCUGAAUUUGCAGAAUUUUCUCAUGCUGAUGAGACGUAUGUGAAGAGCAGUACUUUUGCAAUGAACCUCCGUGAGUGGGCAUUAAAGUUUCACAUAACUUUAAUUGCCCUUACAGCAUUGUUAUUGUUGCUGAGAGUUUUCGAUACAAGUUUACCUCUAGAUGCGCGAACCUUGUUAGGUACACUCCGAAAAACCGAAACUAUCGAAAUGUGUGGCGGCCAGUACUACCACUUUGGUUUGAAAAGAGCUGUAGAAAACAUUCUUAAUGAAAGGAGACGUAAAGGUUUGCAGGAUCAAAAUAUAAAAUUGAUGUUCAAUGUAGAUGGUGUUCCCAUUUCCAAAAGCGGAUCCAAUUUUUUCUGGCUCAUCUUAUGCUCCGAAAUCAACUCUGAGACUGUGUAUCCUGUAGGGGCUUUUUAUGGGACGAAAAAACCGGUAGAUGCAAAUGAAUUCCUGGAGUCAUUUGUUCAAGAAGCAGUCAAAGUUUGUGAGAAGGGAGUGCAAAAUCAUAAGGUAACAAUAGAAGCCCUAAUUUGUGACGCUCCAGCGAAGUCGUUUGUUUUAUAUUUAAAAGGGCAUACUGGUUACGAUUGUUGCCCCAAAUGCCUAAUAGGAGGAGAAUGUUAUAGACCGCCACCAAAGACUAAAGGGAAAAAAAAGAAAGGAAGAGUAUGUUUUCCUGGCAUAGGACCGUUUUUGCCGAAAACUGAUGAGGGUUUUAAACGCAACGAAUAUAAUAAUUUCGAAGAAGAUGUUGAGAUAGUUUUAACGAAACUUCCUAGGUUUGGGUGCGUUAGUUCUAUUCCACUGGAUUAUAUGCACUUAAUUUUACUUGGGGUCAUGAAGAAACUAAUUUUUCUUUGGGUUCACGGUAAUUCGAAAGUGAAAAUUCCUUCAGAUGUGAUACAGAGAAUAUCAAAAAGACUUCUUUUAUUGCGGAAUACAAUCCCCGAUGAGUUCAACAGAAGACCAAGGACACUAUGGGAAUACAAAUUCUGGAAGGCUACCGAAUUCCGUACGUUUUUAUUAUAUGCAGGCGUCAUUGUACUAAAAAAUUUGGAAGGAUUUCCCAGCAAACUAUAUUCUCACUUUUUGUUACUACAUACAGCAGUAACCAUCUUAAUAAGUGAAACACAUAUUCGCGAUACGAGGAACAUUGAUUUUGCACAUGAAACGUUACAGUUGUUCGUGAAAGACUUUGAAACACUUUAUGGAAAAGAGUUCAUUUCCUAUAAUGUGCACAAUUUGUUGCACAUUUGUGAAGACGUCAAACGAUUUGGAGUUUUAGACAAUUUUAGCGCUUUCAGAUUUGAAAAUUACAUGGGAACUGCAAAGAAGAUGAUAAGGAAAGGAGAUCAACCAUUACAACAACUUGCUCGAAGAUAUGCAGAGGUUGAAAAUGUUCAAAUACACUGUUCGGCGAUUGACAAGUUUAUUUUGGAACACCCUCAUAACAGCGGCCCUGUAAUUCAAGAUUGCAUAUCCAAUCUUCCUGAGCAAUAUAAAGUCUUUAAAAGCAGAGGAUUUACAAUAAAAUGUGAUAUGAAGAAUAGUUGUGUUAUGCUGAAGAACGGAACAUUUUUUAUGACAGAAAACGUAGGAAAAUUUGGGGGUCAAGAAAUUCGGUUAAUUGGUCAUAAGCUUUGUAGUAAAGGCAGCUUGUACGACGAGCCAGAUUCAAGGCUUCUAAACAUUCACAUGUUACUUGAAAAUAAUGUAGGCGAAAGGUAUUGUGUACCAUUAACAGAUGUCUUGUCAAAAGUAUGGAAAAUUCCAACAUCUAAAGGAAUUGUAGUAAUUCCAUUACUACACAGAAGAGAGCGCAAAUAGAUGAUUUCUGUAAUGUGUCAUUUUUUCAAUUGUUGCCUUUACAUUAAUCAAAUGUUUAAAAUUUAUUUUUACUUUCAUAACAUUAAAUUAAAUUAACUGUUAGCUUUUGAAU